AUGUCUACAAAACGAUCUGCUGCUGCUACUUCUGGAGUCGUGCCCAAGUGCCAAUGGAAGAGGUUAACAAUUGCUGAAAAGGUACAAUUCUUGGACAUGUUGAAGCAAGGGAAAAGCUAUGCCGCUGUAGGACGCCACUACGGCAUCAACGAGUCCACGGUUCGUUACAUUAAGAAGGAUGAAAAGAGCAUUCGAUCUACGGCCGCAGUGUCCUUUAACCAGGGUGCGAAACGAAUUGUAAGUGGACACUGCCGGAAGAAAAACAUUCCCGUGGACACCAAUAUCAUCCGAGAAAAGGCCAAGCAACUUUAUGAUAGGUUUGCGGAUGCCGGAGAUGCUCUAGACGACGAUCUUCAACCUGGAACUUCUGCUGAAUCCCCCAGAGAGAGCUGUGAAUUUACUGCCAGCAAGGGCUGGUUUGAAAAAUUCAAAAAAAGGUUCAACUUGGCCAGUGUGAACCUGCAAGGAGAGGCUGCCUCCGCAGACAAAGCCGCAGCCGAGAAAUAUGUUGCGGACACGUUCACGGCGAUCAUUAAAGAAGGCGGAUAUCGGCCUGAAACUGUGUUUAAUAUGGAUGAGACAGCCCUAUUUUGGAAGCGGAUGCCGUCUCGUACUUUUAUCAUGAAGGAGGAGGCAAGAGCCCCGGGGUUUAAGGCUCACAAAGAUCGCAUCACGCUGGUCAUGUGCGCCAAUGCUGCGGGCUUUAUGAUAAAUCCUGGGCUCGUUUAUAAGUCCAAAAACCCCUGGGCCCUGAAAAAUAAAAAUAAAAACCUGCUGCCUGUGUACUGGAUGCACAACCCGAAGGCCUGGAUUACGAAACGCCUAGCGUCGGAUUGGUUUCACCAAUGUUUCAUCCCAGAGGUAAACAUCUACCUGGCAGAGAAAGGGCUGGAGUUCAAAGUCCUUUUACUUCUGGACAAUGCUGGAGGUCAUCCCUUGGAUCUAUCCUACCAAGGUGUAAAAAUAGAGUUCUUGCCGCCGAAUACGACGUCACUGAUUCAGCCAAUGGAUCAAGGAGUUAUCCGGGCUUUCAAGGCAUUGUACACCAAGAACAGCCUGCAACACAUGGUCGAGGCAAUGGACACGGACGAUGACUUUUCCCUGAAGGAGUACUGGCGUAAGUACGUGAUCACAUCGUGUAUGGUGAACGUGCAGAAGGCCCUUAACGAUAUGAAGAAAGGGACAGUUAAUGCCUGCUGGAAGAAAUUGUGGCCAGAAGUUGUGCAUGACAAGGGCUCUUCUGCAGAAGAAAUUCAGCACUCGGCGGUUGACAAGUCAGUCAGGCUGGCAAAACUGCUAGGAGGAGAAGGAUUCAACGACAUGACCUGUGAUGACGUCAACGAGCUGCUCGAUGCCCACUCCGAGCCGCUGAGCGAAGAAGAUUUGGCCGAGAUGACCAAGUCAGCGAGCGAAGAAGACGACGACCCAGGCCAGGAAGAAGACGACCCCGGCCUAACUCUUGAGCGUCUCGCGACCAUUCUACGAAUGGCAAAAGAUCUACAAACAUCAGUCGAAGAAUGGGACCCGCAAAUGAUUCGUUCUUUGCAAUUUAAAAAUGCUGUUGACGGCGCCACGGAAGUGUACAGGAACCUCUUUACACAAAUGAAAAAGCAGCGCCACCAACUGCCCAUCACGAUGUUCCUCACCCACAAAACACUGCCUAGUAUGCCUUCAGUGGAAGAAGAAAGUCCAGAUGACGGCGGCGGUGCUACACAGUCGCCUGAAGAGGCUCCUUUAGAACCGCUGUGA